AUGUUUCAUGGAACGAUCAUAGAAGAACUAACCAAUCAUGAAGAAUGGAGUCACUAUAAUGAAAAUAUAGUAGAAGAUCAAAAAGAUUUUGUUUUUAUGAAGUUCAGUGGCCUUCAUUUAAAAUCUAUGGAAAUUUUGCAAUCUUGCGUCUCUCUUAGAGUAUGCAUUUUCUCAAAUAAUUUUAUUACAGAUAUACAUCCACUUCAAAGUUGCACAAAAUUAAUCAAACUUGAUCUCCAUGGAAAUCAGAUAAAGAAUCUACCAGGUAUUGAAUUUUGGAGUGGAUUAAAGAAUCUAAAACUCCUCUAUCUUCAUGACAAUGGGUUUGCAAAGCUGAAGAAUUUAUGUGCAUUAUCUGCCUGUCCAACACUCAUUGCUCUCACCAUGUUUGAUUGUCCAGUAAGCCUUAAAAAAGGAUACAGACAUGUUCUUGUUAACAGUAUAUGGACUCUCAAAGCACUGGAUCAUCAUGUGGUUUCUGAUGAAGAAAUAAUUCAGAACUGGCAUCUUCCUGAAAGAUUCAAAACAUGUAAUAGCUGACUUUUCUUUAACUUCUGCCCUGCUUUGAGAAAGGGAAAAAGCUAUGAGGAUGAAAUUAAUAAUAUUACAUAUAUUAUUUCAAGAAUUAAUGUAAUUCUUGCUCAUAACUCACCAGUUUUGAUCAUUCAAAGAUGGAUACAUGGUUUCUUAGUUAGAAAACAUUUCAGGCAUGUUUUUUUCCAUUCGUUUUUGUGUAAAAAGCAUCAGGAGAAAAUUAUUAGAGACUAUGAAACCAAAUGGGUUUACAUAACCAAAGAAAAUGAAGACAAAGUCUUUAAGGAUAUCUUUUCUAAGCUUGAAACUAACAUAAAAGGAAAACUUGCACGUUGGAAACAUAAUGUAUCCCCUGUUGAUGCAAAACUGUCUAUUGAACAUAGAAAAGACGUUUCCCCUAUUUUAUGUGAAUCAAAAACAAGGUACAGCAGGAAAUCAAAAAAAUCAAGACAUCUCAUCCAAAAAGGUCAGGAAUCUAAAGAUGAAAUUGAGGAUGAAGAAUUGGACACCAGUUUUAAUAUAUCAGCACUCAAACUACCCAUAUGCACUUCAAGUCCACUGAAGUACGCUGAAGCAUUGAAAGAGAAGCAAGAAGUUUAUUUUCCUGCCCUCACCCAACCAUUUUCUAUCAUUCAUCCAAAACCACUAAUUAAAAAACACACAGUAUCAGAGAGGAAGAGAAGAGAGAUAUUUUCUACACAGGGACCUGGCAUAAAAUUCCAAAUGCUUAAUGAUGUAGAUAAAUAUUACGUAGAACAAAAGAAGCUGGACCUCCAUAAAGAAAAAGUAAAAGCUGUAGCCAGGGCACAAGCUGCCCAAGAAAGAAUUAUCCUAACUGCUGAUGAAAAUUUAAACAAGAAAAAAUGUAUUGCACAGAAGAUGAGUGAAAGACAUAACAAGACAAUUCAGAGAGGUUUACAGCAAGUUUUGCAGGAAAGAUUAAACUAUCUUGCAAAAGUUAAAGAGAGAAGAAUGCUUUUUCUAGAACAAAAAACCCAGAAGGCUGCAGACCACUUAUUAAUUCAAAACUUAAAUAAUGAGCAUACCCUCUUGCUCAAAGGAAUGGUUAAAAUCGACAGAUUGAACCAGAAUGAGACUGUCCUAAAAAAGAAAAAACUGAUUCAGGAAAAACUUAAAGAAGAAAAAUAUCAAAAGAUUUUACGUCACCAGGUGAAGGAAUAUAGGACUCAAGAAAUACAUAAAAGACACUGUGAAGAAAAGUUUGUUCUUGAUAUAAUUGCUUUUCAAAAAACCUGUGAAAGACUUCAAGAUGUUGAAACAAAAGUUGCAACUGUGAGAACAAAUGCCUUUAAAUUCCUGAUGGAAUGACAAAAUGAACCAAUAUAAUUAUAAUUUUGGCAAUUAUUUUAAAUGAAGGGCUAGAAAUUAAUACUCUACAGGAAAUAUUCUACAUGACAAUAUGAAUUUAUGUUUAAAUCUAAAAAUAAAGAAUAAUUAUGUCUUAUGUUGAUCAUAAUUUAACUUAAAUCCUGUUGACUUAGUGUCCCCCAAAGAUUACUUAUAUAUCCAGAUUCCUAAAGAUCAAGUAAAACUGAUUUCAUUUGUUGCAGGCAGUAUUGUAAAGAUACUGCUAAUAUUCUCUUUCAUUUUCUCUCAAUGUAGCAACUUGUAAGUUGUUUUCAGUUUUUCUGGUAACUGUAACACAAUAAUAUCUGUCACUAUUUCUGACUUUUGAGACACUUUGUAUUUGGA